UGGCCACCGAGUCUCUACUUUCCAUGGCAUUGCAGCAGGCCUGUCAAUGCUCUGAACUGCCUUGAACGCGCACGGCAACCACACCCAGGAUCGGGCAUCAAUAUGCCGUAUCACCUGUGCAGACGACAUUGCGUCCCUCCUCUCGGCCCUGUGGCUUUUCUCUCCUGCAGUAAUCAAUACUCAACGAGAUAAUAUUGGGCUGUAUUGUGCCUAAAGGUUGCCAGACAUGUUUAAGAUAAACGGGAACGAUCUUCCCAUUGUUCGAACGCGCCAGGCCCUGCUGGUUCUCAACCUACAAAAUGACUUCGUUACACCCGGCGGCGUAUUAGCUGCUGAGAACUCUCUCAAUCUUGUCGAGAACGUUGUCAACCUUGCGGAGCAAUUUCGAGACUCCGGAAACGAUGUGGUAUGGAUUCAAACUGUAUUCGAAACCUCUCGGCCAGUGAACAGUCUCGAGGGCGAGAGCGAAAAUGUUAUAACGGAUCGGGAGCUGCUUAAAGCUCCUGGGAGAAUUGGGACAGGUUCCGCCACCCGAUCAAGGCCUUCCGAUAAGCUACUUGAGCGUUUUAGUAAGAUGGCUGAGGCUAGCGGCCUUGAAAUGGAUCCUAGUGCGUCGUUGCUAGACGAGGUCGACGAAGAGGAGCAGGGAGAACCUGUCAGUGAAACGUUUUUGACGGUGGAGCCUGGCCAAAGAACUCAAGUCGCCUUACCUGGGUCACCCGGGGCAGACUUGAGUCCGCUCGCCUGUCAGAACGUGGAUAAUGCGAGAGACCUCGUAUUUCAGAAGAGUCACUACUCAGCGUUCAAAGAUGGCACGCUCGUGCAGACAUUGCGGUUCAAAUUUGUGACGGAGAUCUACCUGUGCGGUGCUCUGACCAAUAUCAGCAUCUUUGCAACGGCGAUGGAUGCGGCUCGUUAUGGGUACUCGAUCACCAUUAUCGAUGAUUGCCUGGGAUAUAGGAAUAAAGCUAGGCAUGACGAGGCAUUAAGGCAGUUGACCGAAUUCACCGGAUGCGAUAUAAUGAGCAGCAAGGACGUCAUUCGAGAUUUGCAGCGAAGAACUAGCGCACAGCAAACUCCCCCCAGAGACGCACGAGAGAAAGCUACAUCUCUUGAAAGUCUUAUGGCUAAUAUGAAUCUGAGUCGGAAGAGUUCAUCAUCCUCACGACGAUCAAAGCCAGUUCCAACUGGAUCACAAGCCCCGGCGACGGUUGCAGAAACUGGUCGAACUUCUAAGUCGCGGCCAUCAAAAGAACCUCAUAUAGAUGAAGACUCAAAAUUACCGGAAAGGCAUGAAGCCUCAGGCAAGAAACCGGAAAGAGUCAAGACGAAGGUCAAAUCUCGACGGCGUCACUCAAAGGGAGUCCCCCAAGAUGUCGCCGCGGCCGCGGCCGCAGAAUCUGGAGAGCCAUCGGGGGGCAGCAAAGGCCACAAAUCACCAAGCUCUGCGACCCCACAAACAGCUUCCCAGGCCUUAGAGAAGAUUCCAACCAAAGACAAAGCGGAAGCUGUAGAUGCUGCUCGGAUUAGUAACUUACCUGAAAGGAUCGAGGCUGGCCCAUCUCACCCAGAAAAUGCGAACAAGGCGAAACUGGAGUCAGGAAAGGAGGAUCACCAGGGAAAAAGUAAUGCUAAAGCUUCUACGGUUCAAGAAUCGGCUCCUAUGUGUGAAGGAGAUACAACGGUAAUCACUAAUCUCCUUGGAGAUGAUUUAUUGGAAGGCAUAUUUGAAAGGGUACGCGACGAAGUGCAAUGGCAAAAGAUGUCUCACCAAAGCGGAGAAGUGCCUCGACUUGUUGCCGUUCAAGGCGAGGUUGCAGAAGACGGCAGCGUGCCAAUUUAUCGACAUCCAGCAGAUGAAUCCCCGCCCUUGCUCCCAUUUUCUCCAGUUGUAUCUUUGAUUCGGAAGGAAGUCGAGAAGAAACUUGGCCACCCUGUUAACCAUGCGUUAAUUCAAUUUUAUCGAAGCGGAACGGACUACAUCUCCGAACAUAGUGAUAAGACCCUGGACAUUUGUCCUAACACAUUCGUUGCCAAUGUUAGUCUUGGCGCGCAGAGAACACUGGUCUUCCGAACGAAAAAGCAACCAAAAAGCAACAAUGUUGCCGAUGAUGCUGAAGCAGUCGAACCCCGCAAGGCAUGCAGAGCCCCGCUUCCGCACAAUUCAAUGUGCAAGAUGGGAUUGAUUACGAAUAUGCGUUGGCUGCAUGGUAUCCGACAAGACAAACGAAUGGCAUCGGAAAAAUCCAAGGCAGAACUGGCCUACAAUGGCGGACGGAUCUCUUUGACGUUUAGGAUGAUCGGGACCUUCCUUGACAAGGAUCAACGGAAAAUCUGGGGCCAGGGUGCCACGGCUAAGUCUAAGGAUCAUGCUAAAACAGUGAUCAAUGGAGACACAUGUGAAGCAGAAAAAAUGAUACGUGCGUUUGGCAAGGAGAACCAUUUGACUGAGUUUGACUGGGCAGAGGUCUACGGUGAAGGCUUCGAUGUCCUUCACAUGACCAACUCGCCAAAACUUUUCUUGUCCGGUGACACCAUUGCGGAUUCGAGGGUCAAGAUCUUGCUCGCGGAAUAUGGAAUUUCCUGGAGUGAAGAAAGGCAGUCCCCGUCUUGCAACCGGAACAAUGGCAGCUCGAGCGUGGAAGCAUCGGCCACCCCGGAAAGGCCUACCGUUAAAUUUAUAGACAACGAUGUGGACAAGUCUACUGUGUCAGGAGACGUGGCUAUUAUUCUCUACCUCGAUUCUGUAUACGGGCCGAAAGCAAAUAAGAAUGCAAGCUCUCAGGUCAGUCUUGCAAGACAAUUCACUCGCUUGCAGCAAGUUUGCAAACUCCAGCUGAAAUGGCAUGCUAUUCCACCUAAUACAGACGCAUUCAAAAGAGAAUUGGAGCUUUGGGAGGCUUUUGUAGCCGAGGAACCAUUCAUGGCUGGGUCGGCGAUCUCACUGGCCGAUUAUGCUCUCAUCCCUAUCUUAAUGGAGUCAAGUGCUGAAUGGGCAGGGAAGCCGGAAUUCCCUAAGCUGAGUGCUUACUUCUCUCGUAUGAAGGAGCUGGAUAGUGUCAAGAAGGUAUUUGGUUCGGGUGCAUUGGAUCAGAAGGCCAAGUAGUUGUCGCUUGCGGCGAAGGGGAAAUCGACAAGCCGCAGAAUUGUUCAAGCUCUGAGUUGGUAGUUCUGGAGAGAGACGCCUCCGGUUACAUGUUCUAAUGAAACGUGAAAUAGGAUAUGGUAGCAGGCGUUUAAGGAAUCUAUGGCUGUAUCUCUGUAUAGGGGCACGUUUCCGAUACCUUCCAUCGUUCUCCGGGAUUCUAUGUUCAUCUCAGCAGGAAAUGUUAACGAUUUUGGUUCAAAG